UGUUUUCAAGACCCCGCAGCCACAAGCAAGAGAAGUGAAGAUGGCGGACGUUUUGAGUGUUCUUCGUCAAUACAACAUCCAGAAAAAGGAAAUCGUUGCAAAAGGAGAUGAAGUUAUUUUUGGAGAGUUUUCUUGGCCCAAAAAUGUCAAGACCAACUAUGUUAUCUGGGGAACUGGAAAGGAGGGCCAGCCUAAAGAGUACUACACCUUGGACUCAAUUCUCUUCCUGCUCAACAAUGUGCAUCUUCCUCAUCCUUCCUAUGUCCGCAGGGCAGCUACAGAGAACAUACCUGUAGUCAGAAGACCCGAUCGAAAGGAUUUACUCUCGCAUCUCAAUGGAGAAAGUUCUACUUCAGCAAGUAUUGACAGAAGUGCACCUAUUGAAAUCGGGUUGCAGAGACCAACACAAGUCAAAAGGGCAGCAGAUGAGGUUUCAUCAGAAGCGAAAAAACCACGCAUUGAGGAUGAAGAACGUGUGCGUCUUGAUAAAGAGCGUCUGGCAGCACGUCUGGAAGGACACAAGGAGGGAAUUGUGCAGACUGACCAGAUCAGGUCGCUCUCCGAGGCCAUGUCUGUGGAAAAGAUUGCUGCCAUCAAGGCCAAGAUCAUGGCAAAGAAACGGUCGACCAUCAAAACAGACUUGGACGACGACAUCACCCUCAAGCAGAGGAGCUUUGUGGACGCCGAAGUUGACGUGACUAGAGACAUUGUAAGUCGAGAGAGAGUUUGGCGGACCCGGACCACCAUUCUUCAGAGCACUGGAAAGAACUUUUCCAAGAGCAUCUUUGCAAUCCUGCAGUCAGUGAAGGCCAGAGAGGAAGGCCGAGCCCCAGAACAAAGACCAGCACAGAACCCCACUCAGGUGGACCCCUCCGCAAGAAACAAGCAGCCAGUCCCAGCUGCCUACAACAGAUAUGAUCAGGAAAGGUUCAAAGGGAAGGAGGAAACGGAGGGCUUCAAGAUUGACACCAUGGGUACCUAUCACGGCAUGACCUUGAAGUCUGUGACGGAGGGGGCAUCAGCCAGGAAAGCCCAGACUCCUGCCUUGCAGCCUGUGCCCCGACCAGUUUCCCAAGCAAGGCCCCCACCAAACCAAAAGAAAGGUUCAAGAACCCCCAUCAUAAUUAUCCCAGCCGCCACAACUUCCUUAAUCACCAUGCUCAAUGCUAAGGACCUUCUGCAGGACCUCAAGUUUUUGACGUCUGAGGAGAAGAAGAAGCAGGGCAUCCAGCGUGACAAUGAGGUGCUGCUCCAGAGACGAAAAGAUCAGAUCCAGCCUGGCGGCACCACGCUCAGCGUCACCGUCCCCUACAGAGUCAUCGACCAGCCGCUCAAGCUCGCGCCACAGGACUGGGACCGAGUGGUGGCUGUGUUCGUGCAGGGCCCCGCUUGGCAGUUCAAAGGCUGGCCGUGGCUGCUUCCUGAUGGAUCCCCAGUGGAUAUCUUCGCCAAAAUCCGAGCCUUCCACCUGAAGUACGAUGAGGCUCGGUGUGACCCCAAUGUGCAGAAGUGGGAUGUAACCGUUCUGGAGCUGAGCCACCACAAGCGCCACUUGGACCGACCCGUUUUCCUCCGCUUCUGGGAGACUCUGGACAGGUACAUGGUCAAGCACAAGGCCCAUCUGCGGUUCUGAGAUGGACCAUUGACUAAUGUGCGGAGGCCUUGCCUGAGGCUUCUGGUCUUGCCCUUCACCACCCCCUACAGACAGUCCUCCAGCCAAGACCCCCACCCACCCAGGUCCCCGAGCAGCACUUUGGAUCCCAGUCUGCUUCUCCGCUCGCGUGGCACCAAGACUGUGGGACGGCCCAGCUCGGUGCUGCUGCGACGUUUCUCUGAACACAGGGCUUCAAGGGAAAAUGGGGAGGUGCUCUGAGAGGAAUUGAUGCAGGCUUGCUUCCUCUUCUGCCAGAUUAUCGUCAUGGUCAAUUAUUUUUUUUUUCUUUAUUAUUAUUACUAAUAUUUCUUCUUUCCAGCCCAAAAGCAACUUGGCAUCUAGACAGCAUUUGAUGUCUGGGGAAAAAAAGUGUAAGGUAUCAUGGAAAACUUCUCUUUCCAUUUCAUGUUUUCACUUUGUGGGUUUAGAGGAAAUGGAAUGAAUAAGGACACAUUGGAACUGGCAGUGGCCUUGUACUUCAAACAAACAAACAAAAAUUGUUUAAAAAAAUUGAGACUGUUAGAGCUUCGCCCAGCUCUUCUUUCUGUUUCCUUGAGGGACUUUUCUUUGAUUGUUCCCCAGUUUGUACAUUUCACACAGCAGCCUCUGCUCGUAGAUAGCAUUAACAGAGCAGAUAGAAUUGUAAAUAUUAAAUGCAGUUGAACCAGUGUUUGUAUAUUCCUGGCCUUCUGGUGAUGGGGCAGUGGGUACUGUAGCUCUGGAAAAUGGUGAAUGUGAAAGGGCUUCCACCUCUUUUCCUCUCUUGUGUCCAGCACAGGGGUGGUCACCUCUAUCAUGCUACCAGUUUGGUUUGAACCCCAUGUUAAAAAAGGAAAAAAAAGAAAAAUGGCUGUAUGGUAAUGUAGCACACUGUUACAAAUACAGCACAAUAAGCAGACUGUGAGUGCAGUUUAAACAACUAAAAGAAGGCAAGUGAAAUAUUCUUUUUUUUUUUGGUAUGAUAACGGAUCACACCACUUUGUAAACCUUUUUCCUAUAAUGUGGAAUCACUGCUGCAAUAAAUAAGGAAUGCAUCUCUGGAUUACUUUGAUUAUUACGUCCAUGACUCUUUGACAUCGAGAGUUACUUUUUACAUUGGGGUCAGUGAUACAGUGAUUGAGGGGGGUCUGUUGUUUUUAAUGUUCACAGUGUAUGUGGAUAAUAAAGCUCAAUGUCAGCUA